UCCAUUUUCAUCGUCCGCGUUCCUUCCCUUCCCAGUCCAUUUCUGUCGCGCGGGGACGCGAAGCUAAACCCUCCCUUCCCCUUCCGUUUCCUCCGCCUCUCGCCGCUGCGCCGGCUCUGGGGGCGCCGCGAUGAAGCCCUCGCCGCUCUUCCCGGAGGUCGGGAAGAAGCCCAAAGAUUUGAUCGCCAAGGACCACGGGUUCAACAUCGCGGCCUACAUCUCGUCGGGAGCGGAUGUUAUUGCUGCUGCCCUGCGUAAACAUGUUGAGGAGGAAGCUCGAGAUCUCAGUGGUGAAGCUUUUUUAAGGUUUAUGGAGCAGCUUUAUGAGCAAAUAUCCAGUUUAUUGCAAAGCAAUGAUGUUGCUGAAAAUUUAUUGGCUCUCCGUGCUAUCGAUGCUUUAAUUGAUAUGCCCUUUGGGGAAGGUGCAUCUAAGGUUUCUAAAUUCGCUAGCUUCUUGAGGAAUGUAUUUGAAGUAAAGCGUGACCCUGAAAUCCUAGUUCCAGCAAGCACAGUGCUGGGUCAUUUAGCAAAAGCUGGGGGAGCAAUGACUGCAGAUGAAGUGGAGCGACAGAUUAAAACGGCUUUGGGUUGGCUUGGUGGGGAUCGAGUGGAGUAUCGUCGAUUUGCAGCUGUACUUAUUCUCAAAGAGAUGGCUGAAAAUGCAUCCACAGUUUUCAAUGUUCAUGUUCCUGAAUUUGUUGAUGCUAUAUGGGUAGCACUGAGAGACCCCAAACAGGCUGUUCGUGAAAGUGCAGUGGAAGCCUUACGUGCUUGUCUACAUGUUAUCGAAAAACGGGAGACACGCUGGCGUGUACAAUGGUAUUACCGCAUGUGUGAAGCAGCACAAGUUGGACUCGGCAAGAAUGCUUCCGUUCAUAGCAUUCACGGCUCUUUAUUGGCUGUUGGAGAAUUGCUGAGGAAUACGGGGGAGUUUAUGAUGUCUAGGUACAGAGAAGUUGCUGAUAUAGUCCUCGAUUAUUUACGGCACCGAGAUCCACUUGUUCGCCGUAGUAUAACAUCGCUUCUUCCUCGAAUCGCCCACUUCUUGCGUGACAGAUUUGUGACUAACUACCUGAAGAUUUGCAUGGAUCAUAUCCUGUUUGUUUUACGUACACCGGACGAGCGUGCUAGUGGGUUUGUUGCUCUUGGAGAGAUGGCUGGCGCUCUGGGUGUUGAACUUGUGCAGUAUUUGCCAUCAAUUAUCUCACACUUGCAAGAUGCAAUUGCUCCUCGCAGAGGUAGGCCAUCUCUUGAGGCAAUUUCUUGUGUAGGAAGCUUUGCAAAAGCUAUGGGUCCUGCCAUGGAACCUCAUAUUCGUAGUGGACUACUUGAUGCCAUGUUUUCUGCUGGUCUUUCUGAUAAACUUGUAGAAGCACUUGAGUCUAUAAGCACGAGCAUCCCGUCUUUACUGCCCAAAAUACAGGAGCGUUUAUUGGAUUGUAUAUCUCAAGCACUUCCUAAAUCAUCUAUGAGACCAAGUGCUAUUGUUGGUCGAACAAGCAGGUCAAACAGUUUGCAGCAGUUUGUGGAUUCUAGUAGUCCUGUUCUUGUGCUACUUGCACUACGGACUCUCGCAAAUUUCAACUUUAAGGGUCACGAGCUCCUGGAAUUUGCAAGAGAGAGUGUCAUCCUUUAUCUGGAAGAUGAAGAUAGCAGUACCAGAAAAGCUGCCUCCGUAUGCUGUUGCAGAUUAGUUGCACACUCCCUUUCUGCUUCCUCUAGUUCACAGUUUAGUUCAACUAGGUCAAAUCGUAUGGGAGGAGCUAAGCGCCGCCGUCUUGUAGAGGAGAUAGUAGAAAAACUUCUUAUUGCUGCAGUCGCCGACGCUGAUGUUGGUGUUAGAAGUUCGGUCUUCAAGGCCCUGUAUCGCAAUCCGACUUUCGAUGAUUUUUUGGCCCAAGCAGACAUCUUGACUUCAAUCUUUGUUGCCUUAAAUGAUGAGGAAUAUAAUGUCAGAGAAUUGGCAAUUUCGGUUGCAGGCAGAUUGUCUGAAAAAAAUCCUGCAUAUGUACUGCCUGCCCUUCGUCGCUAUCUUAUACAGCUGCUCACAUAUCUUGACCAGAGUAUGGAUAGCAAGUGUAGAGAGGAAAGUGCUAGAUUAUUGGGUUGCUUAAUUAGGAGUUGCGCGCGGCUAAUACUUCCUUACAUUGCUCCUAUUCACAAGGCGCUAGUGACUAGACUCUGUGAAGGAACAGGACCAAAUGCUAAUAAUGCACUAGCUGCAGGAGUGCUUGCCACUGUUGGAGAACUGGCCAAAGUGGGCGGAUUUGCUAUGAGGCAAUAUCUUCCGGAGCUAAUGCCUGUAGUUGUGGAUGCUCUUUUGGACGGAGGUGCUGUUACUAAAAGGGAAGUGGCAGUAGCAACCCUUGGACAAAUUAUCCAAAGCACAGGCUAUGUUAUUGCUCCUUAUAAUGAGUAUCCGCCAUUGCUUGGUUUACUCUUGAAGUUGCUGAAUGGUGAAUUGGAAUGGUCGACUAGACUAGAAGUGUUGAAGGUUUUAGGGAUUAUGGGUGCAUUGGACCCUCACGCACAUAAGCGCAAUCAACAUAAUCUACCUGGUCAACAUAGAGAGAUCCUACGGCCAACAAUUGAGACCGCACAACAUAUUGUUUCCAUGGAAGAGUUACCGACUGACUCUUGGCCAUCUUUUUCGGCAUCUGAGGACUACUAUUCAACAGUUGCAAUUAGUUCUCUCAUGCGGAUUCUUCGAGAUCCUUCCCUUUCAAGUUAUCAUCAAAUGGUGGUUCACUCUCUUAUCUUUAUUUUUAAGUCAAUGGGCCUUGGUUGUGUUCCGUAUUUACCAAAGGUUCUCCCUGAGCUAUUCCGUGCUGUUCGCAUGUGCGAGGAUGGUUGUUUGAAAGAGUUUAUAACCUGGAAGCUUGGGACAUUGGUAUCUAUUGUCCGGCAGCACAUUCGGAAAUAUUUACAAGACAUACUCUCUCUCAUCUCUGAAUUGUGGACUUCAUCAUUCAGCUUGCCUGCACCAAACCGGACCAUACAAAGUCCACAGGGUUCACCGGUCCUUCACCUUGUUGAGCAACUGUGCCUAGCAUUAAACGAUGAGUUCAGAAUGUAUUUACUUCGCAUUCUACCAAACUGUAUUCAAGUCUUAGGUGAUGCUGAACGAUGCAAUGAUUAUUACUAUGUUCGUGACAUAUUACACACACUUGAAGUUUUUGGCGGAAAUUUGGAUGAGCACAUGCACUUGGUUGCUCCAGUGCUUGUUCGUUUAUUUAAAGUUGAGCUUGUUGAUAUCAGGCGGUGUGCCAUUGUCACUUUGACAAAGCUUAUACCUAAGGUGCAGGUUGGUACUCAUGUUUCAGCCUUGGUGCAUCAUCUGAAGCUUGUCUUGGAUGGCAACAACGAUGAUCUGCGGAAAGAUGCUGCAGAGGCGCUUUGCUGUCUCGCACAUGCUCUUGGAGAAGAAUUUACGAUUUUUAUACCAUCAAUACACAAAAUACUUGUGAAGCACCAUUUGCGGUAUAUAAAAUGGGAUGAGAUCGAAAAUCGGUUACUAAAGCGCGAGCCACUCAUCACUGAAAAUCUGUCUGUACAAAAGUACACACAAUGUCCACCUGAUGUCAUUAGUGACCCCCUUGAUGAUUUUGAUGGUGUUCCUUCUGCGGCAGCUGAUGAAACACAGCGACAAUCAAGAAGUCAUCAAGUCAAUGAUGUUCGAUUGAGAAGUGCCGGUGAGGCUUCUCAAAGGAGUACUAGGGAGGACUGGGCUGAAUGGAUGAGGCAUUUUAGUAUCGCACUUCUCAAAGAGUCACCAUCUCCAGCUUUACGCACUUGUGCAAGGCUAGCUCAGCUUCAGCCUUCUGUUGGUCGCGAGUUGUUUGCUGCGGGUUUUGCAAGUUGCUGGGCCCAAAUGAGUGAAUCGUCCCAGGAACAACUAGUGAGAAGUCUCAAGACAGCCUUCUCAUCUCAAAACAUACCUCCCGAAAUUCUUGCCACGCUGCUGAACUUGGCAGAGUUUAUGGAACAUGAUGAGAAGCCUCUUCCAAUUGAUACCAGGCUGCUUGGUGCACUUGCUGAGAAGUGUCGAGCAUUUGCAAAAGCCCUCCAUUAUAAAGAAAUGGAGUUUGAAGCUGUAUGCACCAAGAAGAUGGGUGCAAAUCCUGUUACUGUGGUCGAAUCCCUUAUUCAUAUUAACAAUCAACUGCACCAGCAUGAGGCAGCUAUUGGGAUAUUGACUUACUCACAAGAGCAUUUAGAAGUUCAAUUGAAGGAAUCAUGGUAUGAAAAAUUGCACCGUUGGGAUGAGGCCCUCAGAGCGUACACCAUGAAGUCAUCUCAAGCAUCUGGCCCAUUACAAAACUUGGAUGCUACAUUAGGUCGAAUGAGGUGUCUAGCGGCAUUGGCUCGUUGGGAAGAUUUAAGUGCCUUGUGCAGAGAGCAAUGGACUGGUGCAGAACCAUCUGCUCGACUGGAAAUGGCUCCAAUGGCUGCCAAUGCUGCUUGGCAUAUGGGUGAGUGGGACUAUAUGGCAGAAUAUGUUUCUCGUCUGGAUGACGGGGAUGAAAACAAGCUCCGUAUGUUGGGUAACACAACAGCUAGUGGUGAUGGAAGCAGCAAUGGUGCUUUCUUCCGGGCUGUUCUUUCAGUCCGCAGCAAAAAGUAUGAUGAAGCUAAGAUCUAUGUUGAGCGAGCUCGAAGGUGUUUGGCUACAGAACUUGCAGCACUGGUACUUGAGAGUUAUGAGCGUGCUUAUAAUAACAUGGUGCGGGUUCAACAGCUUUCAGAACUGGAAGAGGUGAUUGAUUACUGCACUCUUCCAGUGGAGAGCCCAGUUGCUGAAGGAAGAAGAGAACUUAUUCGCAAUAUGUGGAAUGAGCGCAUUAAAGGAACAAAACGGAAUGUUGAGGUGUGGCAAGCCCUGCUCGCUGUCAGAGAGUUGGUUCUUCCUCCUAAUGAAGACAGAGACACCUGGAUAAAAUUUGCUAAACUUUGCUGGAAGAAUGGUCGUAUUAGUCAGGCUAGAUCCACUUUAGUCAAACUUUUACAGUUUGAUCCUGAAUCUUCUCCUGAAUUGACACUGUAUCAUGCACAUCCACAAGUAGUUCUGGCUUUUCUGAAAUACCAAUAUGCUGUCGGAGAUGAGCUUAAAAGGAGGGAUGCAUUUUCUAGGUUACAAGAUUUGUCUGUGCAGCUUUCUACCACCAUGAGUACUUUCUCUGGAAUGUCAGCAAACCAUGGUACCAUGUCAAAUGCUGGAGUACCACUUAUUGCUCGUGUCUAUUUGACACUUGGUAGCUGGAAGAGAGCACUGUCACCUGGGUUAGAUGAUGAUGCUAUUCAAGAAAUUUUGAUUUCCUAUAAAAAUGCCACACUAAGUGCCAAUGAUUGGGGCAAGGCCUGGCACAUCUGGGCUUUGUUCAACACAGAAGUCAUGUCACGCUAUACAGUGCGAGGCCGACCGGAUAUUGCAGGAAGAUACGUUGUUUCAGCAGUAACUGGAUAUUUCUACUCUAUUGCUUGUGCAUCUACAACCAAAGGGGUUGAUGAUAGCUUACAGGAUAUCCUUCGUCUCUUGACUCUUUGGUUCAACCAUGGGGCUACCUCAGAAGUUCAAAUGGCGUUGCAGAAAGGCUUUUCACUUGUCAAGAUUGAAAUGUGGUUGGUUGUACUGCCCCAGAUAAUUGCAAGGAUACAUUCAAACACUAGAGUUGUUAGAGAACUGAUACAAUCGUUGCUAGUUCGAAUUGGAAAGGGGCAUCCACAGGCAUUGAUGUACCCUCUCUUGGUUGCCUGCAAAUCAAUAAGUAUAUUGAGACAACGUGCAGCACAGGAGGUCGUUGAUAAGAUCCGCCAGCAUAGCGGAGGUCUUGUUGACCAGGCACAGCUUGUGUCAAAGGAAUUGAUACGGGUCGCAAUUUUGUGGCAUGAGAUGUGGCAUGAAGCUCUUGAGGAAGCUAGCAGGAUGUAUUUUGGUGAGCACAAUAUUGAGGGAAUGCUUGCAGUACUUGAGCCAUUGCACGCAAUGCUUGAGACGGGAGAUGAGAAGACAAUUAAAGAGAACGCUUUCAUUCAGGCUUAUGGACAUGAAUUACUGGAAGCCCAUGAAUGCUGUUUAAAAUACCGGGCUACAGGAGAGGAUGCUGAGCUAACUAAGGCAUGGGAUUUGUAUUACCAUGUUUUCAGAAGAAUCGACAAACAGCUUCCAAGUCUAACAACUCUCGAUUUGCAUUCUGUUUCACCUGAGCUACUCAAAUGUCGACAGUUGGAACUUGCUGUGCCAGGAACUUAUGUUGCAGAUUCACCAAUUGUGACAAUUGAGUAUUUUGUUCCCCAAUUGAUUGUGAUAACAUCCAAACAAAGACCGAGAAAACUGACAAUUCAUGGAAGUGAUGGCAAUGAUUAUGCAUUUUUGCUUAAGGGUCAUGAAGAUUUGCGGCAAGAUGAACGUGUAAUGCAGCUUUUCGGUCUGGUGAAUACCCUCCUAGAGAACUCCAGGAAAACAUCAGAGAAAGAUUUGUCAAUCCAAAGAUACGCUGUUAUACCGUUGUCACCUAACAGUGGUUUAAUUGGAUGGGUUCCCAACUGUGACACACUUCAUGCUCUGAUCCGUGAAUACAGAGAUGCGAGGAAGAUUUUCUUAAAUCAGGAGCACAGACUUAUGUUGGCUUUUGCACCCGAUUAUGAUCACUUACCCCUCAUUGCAAAGGUGGAAGUGUUUCAGCAUGCUUUGCUGAAUACUGAAGGAAAUGACCUUGCGAAGGUUCUGUGGUUGAAAAGUCGAACUUCUGAAGUAUGGCUUGAGCGCCGUACAAACUACACUAGAAGUCUGGCUGUUAUGAGCAUGGUUGGAUAUUUGCUUGGUUUAGGGGAUCGACAUCCAAGUAAUCUUAUGUUAGAUCGCUACAGUGGAAAAAUAUUACAUAUUGACUUUGGGGAUUGCUUUGAGGCUUCAAUGAAUCGAGAGAAAUUCCCUGAAAAAGUACCAUUCCGUUUGACUAGAAUGCUUAUGAAAGCCAUGGAAGUUAGUGGUAUUGAGGGUACUUUCAGAACAACUUGUGAAAAUGUGAUGCAAGUCCUUCGAACAAACAGAGACAGUGUGAUGGCCAUGAUGGAGGCAUUUGUACAUGACCCGCUAAUCAAUUGGCGUUUGUUCAAUUUCAACGAAGUUCCUCAAGUUUCCAACUAUGGAAAUUCUCACGGCCACACAGUUGUCAGUAGCGAAGAAGCUGUGACUAAUCGAGAGCUCAUGCAACCUCCACGGGGAGCCCGUGAGAAGGAGCUGCUACAGGCGGUGAAUCAACUUGGUGACGCUAAUGAGGUUUUGAACGAGCGUGCUGUUGCCGUAAUGGCACGGAUGAGUCACAAGCUAACAGGGCGUGACUUCUCUUCUGGGUCAGCGCUCUCCGGAGCAGGCAGCUCGACCCAGCAUGGCAGUGAACACUUGGCUUCCGGAGAUGCCCGGGAUGUGGAACCUGGUUUAUCCGUGAAGGUCCAGGUUCAGAAGCUCAUACUUCAAGCGACUUCACACGAAAACUUGUGCCAAAAUUACGUUGGGUGGUGCCCGUUUUGGUGAGCUCUCGCGCAAGCAGUAGCAUGUAAAUAUUGUAAAUACCUUGUACAGGUAUCGUAGUGUGUUGUAUCUAACGUGUGCAGCACUGUAAGUAGCAGAAUCACAUCCGUCUAUGAAAGAUGCCGUUAGCCGUCCUUUUUUUAUCUGCUGUAUCUUAUGCUUUGCACCUCCAUUGUUUCUGGAAUUGUUUGCUACUUAUGGCUUCAGAGUAAGAGAUCUGUCAACUAGGCAAAAGUGGCAUGCAAACGGCGGUUUCAGUAGCUGGUGACUGUUGAACUUGGAUGUAAUUUCGCAGAACUACACGCAGGGCAUGGACCUGAGAAUGAGAUAAUCGUAUGCUUCUUUCCUAAAA